ACGACACCCAACAGAAGAAGAAGAAGAAGAAGAAGGGGGGGUUGAGAGAACACGAAGUGAGUGCAGUGGAAAAAGAAAAAGUCUGAGCCGGAGAAAGAGAGGGGCAGAGAAAGAACAGAGUUGGCUUUGGUUUUUUUUGUUCCUUUCAUAAGCGCCGCUGUUUGGACUGUCGGUGAGGAUGAUGAUGUGGAGGAGGAAUCGACCAUGCGACAUUGUUGCAACAAACGGGAUGAACAUUUAAACUCGUUGCAUUCCGCUGCUCCAGCUCGACCGACGGCAGCAGCAGCAGCACGGCUUCUCCAAACUUCGACCUGCGCCAUUCAGACCCGGGCGACUGGAUCCCCCCACCAGAGGCUCGGGGCAACUUUUGGCAUCCGCCGCUGCGUACACACACAUUCAGGCACAAAACUUUUAAACAAACGCCGAUGUGUGGAGAUAACAACGCAGAGUCGUGUGUGAGGUUAGCGGGGCUUUGACUUUAACACGAGCACAUUAUCGGGCCCGGUUCUUUUUCUCACGAGCCACUUGUGAGGACAACACCGGAGGAAGGAGUGGGGUGCCGCUGCUAACUCGGCUAGCUGACUUGGCUACACGCUAGCGCACUACGGUCUAAAGUUGCGAGUCGACGGAGAAAGUGACCGAAGCAGCGCGCCGAAGACGACCGCGGAGAUGAAAACCCCGGCGGACCCCGGGUUUGCCUUCCCGGAUUGGGCCUACAAGCCCGAGUCGAGCCCGGGCUCCAGACAGAUCCAGCUGUGGCACUUCAUCCUGGAGCUGCUGAGGAAAGAGGAGUACCACGACGUCAUCGCCUGGCAGGGGGACUACGGAGAGUUCGUCAUCAAGGACCCAGACGAGGUGGCUCGCCUGUGGGGGGCCAGGAAGUGUAAACCGCAGAUGAACUACGACAAGCUCAGCCGAGCUCUCAGAUACUACUACAACAAGAGGAUCCUCCACAAGACCAAAGGGAAGAGGUUCACCUACAAGUUCAACUUCAACAAACUAGUGCUGGUCAACUACCCCUUCAUCGACAUGGGCUCCAGUCGAGUCCCUCAGAGCGCCCCCCCGGUGCCGACCGGCGGCAGUCACUUCCGCUUCCCCCCCUCCACGCCGUCUGAUGUCCUCUCCUCCAGUGAGGAGCUGCGCAGCCCGGGCAUGUUCAGCAGCGUGGCACGCCGCAUGGCCCGCGGCUCUGUGAGCGACUGCAGCGAUGGCACCUCCACCAACUCGGAGCUGGAGGAGGCCGUGGGGGCCGACGAGCGGGGCGCGGGGCCCGACAGGGCCUACAGGGGCCUGCUCCCUCCACGUCUGCCGCACGAGUCUCUCUUCAGGGUCUACCCGAACACAGGGCUGUCCAGACACGGCCCCAGGGUCCACCCGGAUACUCUGUCUCCUUUCCCCGUCUCCCCUCUGCCUGGCCCCGGGGGUUUUCUGGCCCCAACUCUGUCCCCGGCCCUGUCCAUGACCCCCACCCCGCACAUGUCCUACACCCCCUCUCCCUCCAUGUCCUCCCCUAUGUUGGGUUCCCACUUCUCCUUCAACACGGAGGACAUGAAGCACUACCUGCAGGCCCACACCCAGUCCGUCUACAACUACCACCAGCCCCGGGCCUUCCUCCACUACCCCAACAUCAUCAUCCCGCAGCCCCACCGCCCCACCAUGGAGAAGCCGAUCCACCAUCACCUCCACGGCCCGCCCCUGCCCCUCUCCCAUUCGCUCGGCCAGCAGCCAGGAGGCGGGGAGGAUGGGCCGCAGCACCCAUCGCCGUUCAAGUUCAAGCUGCAGCCGCCGCCACUCGGGCGCAAGCAAAGGGAAUCUGGGAGCUCAUUAGCCUCUGCUUCCUCCUCCUCCACCAGCCAGUCCUCCUCAUUCACAGGGUCUAGUCAGAUAAUCAACUCUGCAGGGCCUCCUAAGAUCAAGGUGGAGCCCAUAUCUGACAUAGAGUCAGAGGAAGAGGUGGAGGUGACUGACAUCAGUGAGGAUGACGAGCUCAAUCAGAAUGGCCGUGAAGGCGACAUCUUCUCCCCGACAGCUCGCCACCAUCACCAUCAGCUCUACAAUCUUCACCAAGCCAACGGGAAUGGGAGCUCCGCCCCCCCACACCCUGAAGAUGACCCCGACGACGAUGUCUUCAAGACCCCCGCCACUCCUCCCGUCGGCAGCGUCGGUGGCCUGGCCAUCCUCCCCCAGAACCUGAAGAGCGAGCCUGGUCAGGCAGCUCCCAUCAGCCCCGGGGGCACACGCUGCAUCCCGCUCAAACUGCGCUUCAAGCGCCGCUGGAGCGAGGACCAGAAGAUGGAGGCGGACAGCGAGCGGGACGAGGCGGAGGACAAGAAAGUGAGGGCAGAGGGCACAGAGGAGCGGGAGGGGAAGAGAGAGGGGGCAGUCGGGAGGUUGGCUGGGGAGGUGGCAAACGGGGGAGGAGGAGGGGGAGGAGAAGCAGGAGGAGUCAUUUUGGGAUUGAUGCUGCCGCCGCCCCCCACCCAGCGCAGAGCGAGCUCGGAGCUGCAGAGGGCCACGGCGCAGCUGUCUCUGGAAAACACCGGCUGCUGAGCAUCAUGUACACACACACACACACACACACACACACACACACACACACACACACACACACACACACACACACACACACACACACUCACACUCACACUCACACCGAUUCUUGGAUACUAAACAAACACCUCUCUGGGUCUUGUCUUGUUGCUUCUUGACUGCACAAAAUUAACAUAUAUAUGUUCCAAUAGACAUGGAGAUAAUGGAGAAAGUAACUGAAAGGAGAUUAUGUAAAAACACCUUUAAUGUCUGAACAUGUGCAUGUAUCAUAUGUAGGAAAUAAUGUUUUCUGUGCAAAAAUGAAAGGACCAGGGCACUUUCUUACUGACCUCACAGCCCUGCAAGCUCCUUAAAUUACUCCACAUGAAACCAAAUAUUUCCCCCGCACAUGUUACGUUUACAAGUUCACCAUGUAGUGAAGAACAAGAUGACACCAUAAUCACCUUUCCGGUUCUAUCACCGUUUGCAGCGCCGGCACCUUUUUCCCCCUUUUGUUUCCUCCUGUGGUCGGCACACCGCCGCCAGACAUCAGAGCCGAUGUAGAACAUAGAUCUGCCUGUGUGGCCUCUCAUGUUCUCCAAAGCUGGACCCCUUUCAGCCCCUGGUACUCCGUCAAACACCCAACACAGCAGUAUUUUUUUUGUGACUGACAACAUUAAGAGAUAACCAAACUCCACCAGGGCUCACCUCGCAUCACACCCAUGCCAGGAUUACGCCUUUUCUUUUUUGAUGGGUCUUUUUGUUCAUCUGUGUGCAACAACACAAAUCACAGUCCGCCCCUAAAGAACACAGAGGCCGCCUAAAUUGUGCAACAUGUAGGUUAUACAGAUUUUUCUCAAAUGGUGAGCCCUCCCCCUCCUCACAUCCCGCUCUCUGCACAUUUGUGCUCCCCAAUAACAGACAGACAGAUCCUAAUGUGACUUAAAAAACACUUUGGACAGCCCUGAUAGAGAUUACAGAAGUGCCUCGGUCCAAGCCCAUCCCCAAGCAGUCGUUAACAAGAUGGAGGGCAGUGACACAGAGGAAAAAAAACUCUGACCUCCCUCCGAUGGAAGAAGAGGGGGAUUAGAAGGAGCUCUCCAAUCACCGUCUGUUCUCCAGGAAACAACUCGGACACUAAGAGGCUACAUCAAUGCCGCGCCGAGUGGCCUCUUCAUCCUCAGCUCGUUCACUACAGUGUAUAAAGACACGAGGCGAGGGUGGAGUAGUACAUCUUGAGGAGAGUUGCAACGAGCCCAGAGUGAGAUUGUGACGAACCGGCUGUGACCUCUCAACCUCCGACCGUCCACGCAUUAACAUUUGUCAGCCGGCAGAUGGACGUGGUUCCCACUGUACAGAGAAGAAAAAAAAAAAAUGCCUGGGUCUGUGCGGAAGAAAGAGCCGGAUCUUUCUCUCCUUUUUCUCUUCACAUUGGAGGAAGCAGCAACUAGAAAGACUGUAAUUAAAGACGCACUUGAUUCUGAAUGUGUGCACUUGGUGGACUCAGAGCUGGUGUACAAAGAAACAAUCCGGAGACAGAGGGCGUCUCAGCCACACACUCUUUUAGGGGUUUUGGAGCUUUGAGGUUUUUACUCCCUCUAACGUACGGAUCAACAGCUCUCCUCUGCAUUCCCACAUUUGUUGGUUUUUAUAGAGACUGUAUUCUUUUUGUCACAGGAGGCGUGUGCCUCUCUCCGACACGGGACAGUAUUUUAGGGCAUUCGCAGUGAUCUGAGGACUUAUAGCCGGAUCUGUUCACGCCAUUCUUUUGGAGGGGAGAACAGGGAACCGUGUAGUAGUGAAUGCUGAGCGUCGAAGUUAAACUCAGGCAAAAGGUCACUGAGAUAUAUUGAGAAACAACUUCUUCUUUUGUAUGGUGUUUUACUCACUAAGUUCAAAAAGAGAGGAGAAAAAAAGAACACUGCGCCCAUUUUAACGAACAAUUCCAAAUAAGAUUGUGCCUUUUUAUAAGCCGACAAGAGUUUUAUCACGUUAUCCCCAGCAUGCUCAAACACACACACACACACACACACACACACACACACACACACACACACACACACACACACACACACACACACUACCACCAUGCCUUCUGUUUUUUUGUAAAAGAGAGAUACAGAAUAAGUAAAUUUACACAUAUAUAUAUUUUAUUCCAAUAUAUAUUGAAUUCAAAUAUUAUAUUUCAAUAUGGUCAUUUGAUACAAAUCAGGAAAAUCCUACUAUUUUUAAUGGUAAAGAAAUGUAUAUAUCUAACGGCGUAUUAGUACCAGUAUCAUUCAGCCUUUGCCUUCUCACCCUUGCCUUUUCUUGACCGUUGAGCUGCAGCGCCAGAGGCCGCCGGCAUCAGGGUUUUAUAUUUAUAUUGUAAAAAAAAAAAAAAAAAAAAAAAAAGAGUAAAAGCAGUUAUUGUGUAUUCGGGGGACGGAGGGCCUAACGGGACGUGGAGAAACGAGUGAGUCUCCUGGGGUCAAAUCAUAUUUGCCCUGUCAGUGGGCGCGUUUGUUUUAACAUCCCUGCCGUAGCUGAUAGGCGGGGUUUUACCACGUCAGGGUCCCCCUCACUUUGUCCCGCAUGGUAAACCCCACCUUUGACCCCGAUCUGCUGAAACGGGGAGCCCGCAAUGGAUAAUUCUGAUUGGACGACAGCGGGUCUUUCCAGCACCGCGUCACCUCACAUAGGGACUUUGGUUUGAGUGCGGACUCUGGACUCGGGCGGCUCUGUGUGAUCGGAGUGUGUACAUGCCGGUCUGAACCCUACACACACACACACACACACACACACACACACACACACACACACACACACACACACACACACACACACACACACACCCUGUCCUGGUUACAGUGAGGCUUUACUGUGGCUAGAAUAAAGGGGAAACAUGACAUCACAUCAGACGUCCCCACAGUCUCUCUGGAAUAGACGGCAAACCAUAUAAACUACACACACACACACACACACACACACACACACAGAGGAAAUGAUAUCAUAAAACCUCCGAGCGGUGUGGAGAGAGAGGGACUUCCCACAGCCUGACUCGCUCAUUCUGCGCCGUGUGUGUACGUGCACUUGUGUCUGUGGUUUCCAUGGUUAUGCCGCACAUACACACCCAUAUACACAACUCUUCAACACAGAUGAAGUCUUGGCUCCGGGUUAUUAAGUCCCUCUUUUCUGGUCCAGAUUGUCCCAACUAGUUCCAGUCUCGUGUGUAUCUUAUUUAAAAAAUGAGUGUUCUUCACCAGACACGCACAAAAAAAACUCUUACAUCUAUCGUUUUUAAUUGGCUUGUUUACAUUGUCAGCGUUAAAAAGCGUUAUUCAUUUUAUUUGGAACUAAAAGAGCCAGCAAAAAUAUAUAUAUAUAUAAUUUGAGCAACUUUUAAGGACAUAUGUAGCCUUUUUAAAGUGUGUGGUAAAGAUGAAUACAAACACAGAGCUGUACCUGAACUGUUGCACCCGCGCUGCCUUACCUGUCGUGGCUUCGAACAGAAAACACAUGAGAAUUACCGUUUCCCCCGCCGGGUUGAUAUUUUCAACCCCCCACCCCACCCCACGCCCGAUUUCAUUGAUGCUGUUGUCAUUUUUUCCUGUAUUUUUUCCUGACAUAUUACUGUUACUCUUGUAAUUCUAUUAUUAACGUGACUGUUUUUUGAUUAUUCUGAACCCUCCUGUCCAUGGAAUCGUCUCUCUUCUCCAUGAAUUUCCUGGUUUCCUGUGAGUUUUUGUUCCAGUUUUGCACUCUUUCCCAUGAACUUCAACUAGUUGGCUUCAGUGCAUUUUAUUUUUAUUAUAUAUAAUUUUUUUUACUCACGCUGAUUUUAUAACCACGUUACCAUGGACAUGAGGAGGGUCACAUAAUCCCCACAUGAUAUACAGCAGGGGAAAGAAACUGUUGUUUUAAUUUUUUUUGAUGUUGUACAUAUAUAUUUUUUGCCCUUCUGGAGGAUUCUGUAAGAAAAAAAUAGCUUUGUACUGUUUAACCAUUGUAUUAUUUGAAACGUGUCCCUCUCUUUGGUCUCGUCUCUUGUCUCUCCUCUCAUGUCCACCUCGACGGGGAGCUGUCACUCCAGAGGAGACAAAGACUUUUUGGUUUUAUCAUGGAGGAACCCCCUGUACUAGAGUUUCUCUUCUGUCUGUUCCUCUUCAUUUGUAAUUAAACAAUAAUCAGGGUUCAUUAAAAAAGGU